CGUAAUUAUAAUAAACUAUUUCAUAUUAAAGAUGGAAACAAGAAAUAAUCAAAAAACCCAAAGCAUAGAGCAUGAAGUUAUUAAUUGUAGUAUUUAAUGAUUUCUAAUUAAUAGCACCUUUGGAUAGUUAGAAGAGUGAAGAUUCUUGUCAAAGAAACUUAAAAGUAGUAACCAUACCAAAAAUAUCAGCUAUUUUAAUUGAAAAUAACGACCAUCCACAUCAAAUACCUAAUGGUAAACCAAUAUCUUCUUAUACUAAAUGUAAAUAAGAAUUGAGAGCGUAAAUAAUAUCAUAAUGAUAGAUUGAAGAUCUUUUACAGUUUUGCUAGUAUGUUAAUCUUUGGAUUCAUAUUAGGAAGAACAAUACCAUAAAUUAUUUAUGAUGGCUGUUUAAUAUCAUCCAUUUUUUGGAUUUGUAGGUAUUUGUUUAAUUCUAUUGUAGUUUUGCUUCUUAUAUUUUAAAUUUGAUUUUAUAUUGUCUCUUCAUAAAUAAAAGGCCGAUUUUAAAUUUAACUAUUUGGAUCUUUGGCAAUUGCCUAACAUUUCUCUUAGAUUUGGUAGCAACCAUAUUAGCAUUGAUUUCUCCUUUAUACUUAAAGAAUUGUGAGAAAUCACAAUUUUAAAGUUAAGAAGAAGAUGAUUGCGAAAUUAAGAAAUAAAUUAAAGACAUCUUGUAUUUAAAUAUUUAAUUUCAGCUCUAUUAUAUAUAUUACAUUCAUGUUGAUUAUUGCAAUUAUUCAUGGUUGCUUAUGUUACAAAGGAUAUCAAAUUAGAAAAUUGUACAAAUUUUAACAACAAUUAUCCAAUAAUGUUCCUUCCUCAAAAUAGAUUUAAUAUUGA